AAGAGAAAUCGAGACCUUGGCUCUGAACAUUAGUAGCUAUUUAAAAUUGCUAUAAAAUUCGUUAAUAUGUUUGUUCAAUAUCAUUCAUUAUAGUCAUGAGCCGGAGAAAAUAAAUGAAAACUUACCUAUAAUAUUAUACCUACCUCAUAAUUAUAAAUGUGCGCAACGAAGUUUGUGUACUCACCCAAACGAUAAGAUAAGAAUAUAGAUUGUGAACUAUUGAACAAUGUAGGUAAAAAGAAGUGAUUCACCUGACCCGAGUUUUUUGGAAGUACCACGCCAAAUAAUCCAAUACACAAAGUACCUAAUGUUUUUGAAGUGAAGUGAGUGCCUAUCUUUCGUUAAUGUAUAGGCCUGGAAGUGCCGUGAAAGUGUGAGUUAUUUCCCUCCCAUAAAAUGAAUUCAGUACAACAAGAGACCAGGCAGCAAAACGAAGAACUUGUAAUCGACAGUGUUUUGUCGACACAGCCAGAACUCGGACCAAGUAUCCCAGAUGGCGGUUAUGGUUGGGUGGUGUUUAUGGCAACCUUGUUCUUUCAGGCUCUGAUCCCGAGUAUAACAGUGAGUUUUGGCAUAUUCCUGAUAUUUUCAAGACUGCCCAAUUUGACCAAAGAUGAUAGAGAUCCAAAAUUAUGGGAUGACAAUUUCAUUUACGUUCCCUUAUUUUUCACUUGUGCGUGGACGUUAGCAGAUCCGUCUAUACGAUCGUUAAUUUCAAACAGCACGUGGCCCAGACUUGUUGCUACAGCAGGUACCUGUUUAACAUGUGCAGGACUUUUAUUUAUGUGGAUGGGAUUUGCAGACUACGGUAAAAAUAUACUCUUCCCAUUGGCAGGAAUAACGACAGGAAUCGGCGCUUCAAUACAGAUUUCCCAGUGUGAAAUAAUACUUACGCAGUAUUUUAAGUUCAAGCAUACAAUUUUAGUGCACAUCACUCAAGGAGUAACAUCGGUGGGAUUUAUUUUAACUCCUAUCGUCUUAGGAAACCAAAUAUUGAACUCUCAUUUGCUUAAAGUGAUUCUGUGGUACCAAGCAAUAAUACUGCAAGGGCUGAUAUUCAAUUUGACAUUUAAAAAACCAUCCUAUUUGAAAUCUAAACAGGCCAGCCGGUAUAAUUACAUAACGAACAAUCCUGAUGAUGAAGAAGACAUAUUUUCGAAAAAUUCAAGAGAGCUCCAGAUUAAAAGACAAAAUAGUUCAGGAACUAAUGUAACAAUAGAAAAACACCCAAUUCCUUCUUCUACUGAGCCUUCAACAUCAGGACAUAGUACUAGCAUCACAAACCCGAAAGUUAUUCAAAAAUGGGAAACAUUUGAGGAUGAUGCCGAAGAUGAAAGAGAAAAAAACAAGUAUGAAGUUCUCAAACAAGAUUGGGAAACUUUUGACGAAGAUGAGGACCUAGAAAAUAUAAAGGAUUCGCAUGAUGAUCAAAAAGGAAAGGAAAAUAUAAAAGCUGGCAACUUACAACUUGAAUUGUCUUUUGCAGAAAGAAAUAAUAACAAUGAGCUUACAACAAACAUAUCCGGGGUUCCGAUGCCUCUGUUUUCUGAUUUACCAGUAAAUAACAAUACCACUUACUCGUAUGAUGCCUUGGAACAGGAUAUAGGUUCUCACAGACCUCCUGCGGUUUUUAUGCCAGCUGUUUCACAGAGAUCCUCCAUAUUUUCAAGCCUGGAACUACUCCAACAACCGACCUUUUAUAAGUCUCUCCUAACUGUGAUAACUACUAAAUUCUCGAUUUUUGUUUACUACACCUUAUUUCCAAUUUAUCUGUACCAAGAAUUGGGGAACAUUCAUAUAAAAACAGUAUCUUCCAUCAUUGGAACUUUGGCACUGAGCGGUCUCAUGUUUUCAGGAGUAUCGUAUUGGAUAAACAUCGACAGAAAGAGAAGAGCUAUCUGCUUAUGGUUUUUAUGUUGGUUAGGAUCCUUUGGAUAUUUCAUGAUUUCAGAUUCUGAUAAAUCAAAUAUUCUGAUAUUUGGAGCUAUCCAAGUAACUAUUAGCAUAGCUACAUUGCAGUAUAUUGGCAUGCCACUGCUAGGUUUAACCCUACGAGGAGAAACCAAUAAAGAGUUCAACCUAAUAAGUAUCAUGAGUGGAUUCGCUUUUUUAUUCUUUCUGAUCAUUGAUUCUAGUUUCAAAAAUUGUUUUCGACUAAUGGCGCUGAUGCAUUUCUUCACAGGAGUUGUUUGGUUUUCCAAUUACAUAUACAAGAAAAUAAUGAAAUAAGAAUGAACUUUUAUUUAAUAAUUCUGUAAAUACACUUUUAUAAAAAC